AUGGCGUCCUCAUCCCGGAUUCCACACCUGCUGGAGCCGUACCUGGCCCUUCCAUCUGAGGGGUCUCUCGUCCUCCUCACGAGUGUCCUGGGUGCCAGUGCCAACUGGCUCGUCCUCAGGCAUUUGUACUCGUACCUGCGCGGGGCGUCGGGCGAGGAUAGAGAUACUGGCGUUGUGCUUGUAAGUUUUCUACGGGAUGGGGCUUUUUGGAGGGACGGCGCGGCCAAGAUGGGCCUCGACUUAGAUGCCCUCAGCAGAGCGGGCCGAGUCAUCUUCGUAGAUGGCUUGACGGGCCUGGUCACGGGGGAUGCGUCACCAGCGCCAUCAAGCGCUGUUCGCAAGGAGAGAGUUCUCCGAAGCAGCAAAGUGGUCGAUAUCAAGAAGGAGCUCGAGGCUGCCGUGGCAGACUUGCGGACCACGCGCAAGGUUCUCGUCGUUGACCAGCUCGAUGCCCUCCUCGCCAUCACCGACGAGACUACCACCAGUCUCACACUACAGAAUCUCUUGCUGUCCCUACGCAGCAUCGUCCACAGCGCCCUCGCUACCAUGUCCGCCGACACUCCGCUCGUCGCCGCGCAAGCCACGACGCUGGAGCGCGAGCACGCAAGCCUGGUGCUCUCGACAGCGCAUGCGGCCGACUCGGUGCUGGCGCUGCGCAUGCUCGACACGGGCACCGCGCGCGACGUCAGCGGAGUGGUGCGCCUGACGGGGCCGGCGGUUGACGGCGGCGAGCCGGCCGAGUUUCUCUACCACGUUGCCGCGGAUAGCGGCGUGAGGGUUUUCGAGAGGGGGGCUUGA